GAUGCGUUUGAAAAAGACGCGCGAGCUGAAAAAAUGAGACGCGACACACCCGGGACUGUUUUGCUAAAUGUUUGGAGCUGAAUCUGUUUAAUAUUCGUCAUCAGGCAGGAUGUCUCUGUUAAACCCGUUUAAUAAACGUCCUGGGCUGAACACGGCCACUAUUCUGUUGGUGGAGAACGAAGAGCAGUUUCAACAGAGUUUAGCAAAUGUCCUGGUGGAGGAGACGGCCGUAACUGUGAACGUGAGACUAGCCAAGACUCUCCCUAUUCCCACGAAGAACGAUGAGAGUCGACCGAGGAUCGACCUGGUGGUGUUCAUCAUUAAUCUGACCUUGGACAAGAGUGUCAAGUCAGCAAAAGCUUCUCUUAAAUAUCUGGAUCCUGGAUACUUCCUGGGGAAAGUCUGCUUCAUGGUUACUAAUGCUCGUCAGGCUUUAGGCUGCACAGGGCGCCUGGAUGCUGUCAGACAGCUAGCUGUUUCGCUCCACUGCCCCCUGUUGUUUGCAGAGGAUCAGACUCCAGAAGGCGUAACGAGUUCGGCGCGACGGUUGCUCACUAUCCUGAAAGUGGCAUCCGGUCUUGUUCCGAACACUACCGCUCUGUACCUGUCAAACCUGACCAGAUGCGCCAUGCCUCCGGACAUCGACCAGCCAAGUUUCGAUUAGCUCCUGUCAUUUGUUUGAAAUAAUAUCUUUCCUGGAGCUUUUUAUGUUGUAUUUAUUUGUAAGGCCUUACUUCAUUAGUUGCAUUUGUACAUGUCUGUUGAGGUAGUGAGUUUUAGUGAUUGUACUUCAACAUUGUUUUUGUAAUUUACAGUUCAUACAGUGUUGUGUCUUGCCUAAAGAUGUGCUUUCAGUAAAAAUCCACUGUUAAUACAAGAAAAUACAUAGAUCUGUAAGUAGGAUCUAUAACUUAGAAUUUUGUUUAUCCAAUAAAAACGUAAUCUUAGCUCAUA